CUGCGCCAACGCCUGGCCCGUCGCGAUGAACAUUCCAUACGCAGCAUCAAUGUCGGUCAUCGCUUUGUAGAUGCUGUCCCGCAGCGCCGCCAUCUUGUCGUGCUCGCUCGCCGCGGCGCCUCUUGUCAGGUAGUGGUCGAUGUUGGCGAGGGACUCGGACACCACGGCGCGCACGGUGUCGCGCGCCGGGUAGAUGGUGUUGAUCAGAGCAUUAUUCUCGGCGAGCACAUCAACGCGGGGUUGUAAAGCGUUUGUGCUGGUGGAAGGUGCGGCAGACGCGAGGGUGAUGAGAGCCACGAGAGCCGCGAGGGGCGAGGAUGUGACCUGCAUUUUGGUUAGUGCGGCCGAAGGAGCUGGCGUCGAUUCUCCACAAGGGCGGUUGAAGUGUGCUCGUUGCGCUCCCUAGUCUGAAAACGAAACGUUGAGGCGACGAUUGAUGUGGCGAUAGAGUUGAGGUGGAAGGUUUCGUUGAUUAUGCCACUCCCGAGACGGGAGAUUCAGGGUGAGGAAAUGGAGGAGGUUUAGGCCUUGGGCCACAGCUGGUAAUAGCAUGCCCGAC